AUGAUCAAGAUAGCAUUCCUUCUUAUCUUUCGAUAUUUGAUCUUUUCAGCCGCUCGUGAUAAAAAUUUUACCCUGCCUAACCUUCCAAGUGAUUUAAAUGGUUUCAACUGGAAUGAUUUAUCGUCAGACCUAUUUGGAAAUCGUAAUCUAACCAACAACCAAGCAAUACUAGCAUCAUACAAGCGUCUUUUGGCAUACCUUCAGAAAUUGCCAGCUGAUAUCAAAAGGAAACUUCAAAAUUCUACAUUUAUUAAGAAUAUAACAACUCAGGAGCUUGAUAAGAUCCCACCAGAACUUUUUAAUGUUAUCCCAGCCAAAGUUAUCCGCGAGCUCAAUGAAGUCCAACUGCGAUUUAUCAUCUAUAAAAUGCUUAACUCGCAAAGUCGAACUCUAGUUCGCGUAUUAGCAUCUCUAAACACAUCAACAUUUGAGUUUGCAAUCAGAGAAUUAAAUAAUCAUAGUAAACGAUUAACUCGUGAGCAAGCUACUGCCGUCAUUGAUGCCAUGAAACGCCGCUAUGGCAAUGAUGUCGCUAAAUGGACAUUAGCUCAAGUCAACAUGAUUAAUGGCAUGUUAUUUGGGUUUUCUCCGCGAGAUAUUAAACGAUUUACAACAGAUAUCUUUAAUAAGACAUUAGCCCACUAUAAUUAUUUAAUAAACCGAUUUAGCGAAAACCAACGUCGUGCUAUCUUACUAUCACUUCAGAGAGUAUGGGGUAAAUUAAGUACCUGGACAGCGAUACAAAUACGUCGACUUCGUCGUUUAUUUAUUCUUCUAAGAGCUCAUGACAUCAAGAAACUGCAAGCAUCCGCCUUGGCAGCUGCUAUCCAGAAUAUUGCCGAUAACCAAUGGGAUCGACAUCGUGCUCAUGCAGUUUUACAUGUCUUAUACCGAACUUGGGGACCUAUCCGACAGUGGACAAAGCAGCAAUUGCGAAGUAUCAAGAAUUUAAGAACUUUCCUCCCGGCAGAAUCGAUGGUAUUUCUAUCCGCUGAUACUUUCUUAGGUUCUAUAAAAGAAUUUGGUGAAUCUACAUUGCCUAAUGGUCAGCGUAUCGCUAUCGUUAAAAGAUUACGAAAAAAUUGGGGUCAAGUUAAAACUUGGACUGCAGAUCAACUUAAAAAUGCCUCCCACUUAUUGGAAGCUUUUGGUCGUAAAGAAUUGGAUCAGCUUAAUGGAACGCAGUUAGCUAAUGCUUUAAGCACCAUAAAAAAUAUUCGCUUGGAUCGUGCCAAGGCUCGUUUACUGGUUAAGAAAAUUAUUGCCGCUAAAAGGAGUGAAUGGGGAGCGAUUAAGACAUGGUCUAAGGAUCAAAUUAAAAUGCUUGGAAAUCUUAUCAGAGGCUUGAAAGGAGAAGAACUACAACAGCUAAAUGGAACAGCAAUUCUUGGUGGACUUAGUCAACUAAAAUUAGCAGCUUGGUCGCGCGUUCAACGCAAGAGAAUUCUUAAAAAAUUGUCUCUUAGCAAUAUCCGCGCAAACAUUAGAAAUCUUGGUAAUUUGGUCCGUGCUAUUCGUAUGAAAGACUUAAAUAAUAUUACAUACGAUGAUUUAACUGUUGCAGACCUGGACGAUGACAGCAUCCGAUUGCCAUUCACACGUGCUCAGGCUAUGCAACUAUUCCGCAAAGCAGUUAUUAAGAAACUUGGGGCCGUAGGCAAUGCCCAACAGGACAACUAUAAUUUUGCAACGAUUAGAAAAAUUGGUAAUUUAGCUCUUGGUAUGACCCGCCAAGAACUUCGCAAUUUAUCCUUAGAUGGAUGCAUCGAAGUCGUUAAUGAACUCAAAAAUACUGAUGGCUGGAGUACUGGACAGGCCAAAGAAAUCUUUAUGAAGUAUAAGUCAUGUUUAGGAAUUACUUCUACUCGCAACUUCUCGCAAAUCAACGAUAUUGAUAUUGCUGCUAUUGGACAGUUUAUAUCUCAAAUUAGUCAUGAAGAACUUGGCAAUAUCUCCAAAGAAUAUUGUGUCGAUGCUGUUAGAGCGCUGGGUAAAGUUGGCAAAUUCAGAGGUAUGGCACAUGGACCUAUAAGAAAACUUUUGUUGGCUGCAUUAGUCUGCAAGAAUAAAGUCAACGGUGCUACAUUGGAAGAUGAUGACAUCGAAGAUUUGGGUAGUCUAGUAUGCGGAAUGGAAGCUCAAGAAGUGAACACCAUUUCCAAAACUGCAUUUUCAAAUGCUUUAUAUAAAAUAUGCCAUCUACCAUGUAUGAGAUCGAAGAUUCGCAAAGCGAUUGCUAAUGCUGCUCGAUUAAAAUUAUAUAAUGUCGAUAAUGACGACGCGAUUGCCAAAUUUACCUCGACUGAUUUGAGAAAUCUUGGCCCCUGCUUGAAAGGUUUCCUAGCUAGUCAAUUAAGAAAACUGAACGGGAGUCAAAUUGUUGGGGCCAUUGAUUCCAUUGGAAAUCAAUCAUUUACAGCUGAUCAAGCGCGUGAAAUUGUAGCAUUAUAUAAGCAAUCUCUUAAUAAUGCGGCUACAUCAUCUCGUCGUAGACGUGCUAUAAUAUUAAUGAUUGAGCUAAAAGCAUCCGCUAUCACAGCUUCAGAAGUCAAUUCUAUGAAUCAUCUGUCUAAUGGCUUAACGGUUGCGGAUAUUAAUAACAUGACUGCUGAAGAUUUCCAAAAUUCGAUCGAUACCCUUGGCGUAUCACAGUUAUCUCAUAAUCAAAUUUUAGCUCUCGUUAAUAAAGCAAAGCAAAUAUGGGGUGAUCCAUCAACAUUCCAGCCAAAUCAAUUUCUAUCAUUAGGAAUUAUUAAUACUGGAUUUAUGGCAAGUGAUAUUGCCAAAUUUAACUUAACUUCGUUGGAUGCUGUAACACCUUUGGGCCAAUAUGCAAAUUAUUCUGCAGCUCAGCUGGCCGAAUUAAUUAAACAAUUCCAACAAGAUCAUACCUCAGCUGCUAUCUCUGGCUGGACCGACGAAAUGUUUACUGCUUUAGCUAAUCUAACACGAGGCUUGUCAGCAACUGACAUCCAACAAAUUAAUAACGAUGCUUACGCAGCUAGUGCUAGAGUACUUGGUGAAGUGCAACAAUUUGCUUUAGAUCAAUUAAGCAAAUUGUGUGAAAAAGCUAAAGCAUCUUACAGCAGUGUCGUCUCACAAUGGAGCCAAGCACAAGUACGCGAUGCUGGUAUUGCUCUCGCUGGCUGUUCUAAUGCAGAAUUGCAGUCAUUAAGCCAUAGUAGCAUCGAAGCUAUCAAGACUAUGGUUAUUCCACAAUUUCCAUCUGCCAAAUUAGCUGCUUUUACUUCAGGCCAAAUUCAAGGCAUGGAUAGUAGCCAAGCUUUGGCUGUUACAGCGCAACAACGCUCUCAGCUUAGUGGACCGCAGUUAACCGCAUUAGGCCAAGCUGCUGGCGAUAAUACCGUAGCUGCAGGCACAGUUACACAACCAACACAAGCUACAACAAAGGCCACCUCUACUACGACUUCAGGCACCGUUGGAACCACAUUCAACUUUGUCGCUUUUAUCUUUACUCUUUUCCUAACUAUUUUAGCUAUGUAGAUUAAUUAUCUGUAGUCACUUGUAGUAUUAUUAUUAAAG